CAGGUUUUCUAAAGUAAAAAUGGUGACUCGCCUUUUGUGGAAAUAUUUGAAAGAAAUGAUAAGUAUCAUGAUUUUUGUUUCUGUCUGUAUAAGAGGUCAAGAACAAAUUAAAGAAAUCAAAUUCAGCGACGUCAUUCCAGUUGAUUAUGAUUAUUUGCGUCCACCGACAGUCAAUGAUACUCCUGUUGUUGUAACCAUUACCAUCACCGACGUCAAUAUACGUUCCAUAGAUGAAUCAGAUAUGUCUUUUUCAGUGGUGAUUACGUUGUGGCAAGGAUGGAGCGACUUCCGCCUUCUCUACCCUUCGUGGAUUGAGAGUCCCUACCAAGUCCUCGAUUCCCGAUGGGCUGAUAAACUCUGGACUCCCAACUUGUACUUCGUGAACGCCGUCGAGGGCAAAAUGAACAACAUCAUCACUCCGAGUAGCUUCUUCUGGAUCAGUAAGGACAAAAAAGUUUACUAUUGUGUCAGACUUGUUCUGAAGCUUGUUUGCGAGAUGAAUUUGGUGCAUUUCCCCCAUGAUGAACAACAAUGUGGUGUAAAAAUGGCUCCUGCUUUCUACAAUGAGAAACUUUUGGUGCUGACUUUUUCAAAUUCUACUCGGAGUGGUACGGAAUUCUCAAGCUUGCAACAAUUUGAAAUCAUUGAUGUUGUCAAAGAUAGAUGCCACUUAACGUCGGGUUCAAAUAACGUUUCUUGCUUGGAGGAAAUAGCAGUCUUGCGUCGCAGAAGUGGUUAUUACCUGAUCAACGUGUACAUCCCGACUAUACUAAUUGUUGUCAUGUCCAUGCUGACUUUUUGGAUUCCUCACGAUGCAGUUCCAGCCAGAGUCACUCUGGGCGUGACAAGUUUGCUCACCAUCAUUACGAAGCAGUACCAGGCAUCCAUGCCGAGCGUAUCGUACAUAGUGGCCCUCAACAUUUGGCUAUCCAGCUGCAUAGCCUUCGUCUUCUUCAGUUUAUUAGAGUAUGCAGCAGUCAUCGCCAUGACUACAAAGAAGCAACCAAGUCACCUGUUCCAAGAUUCGCCAGAUCUGAUUUUGCCGAUGGUCCUAUUGAAAGCUAACGGAACUUGGUCGACGAAGCAGUGCUGGUCCAAUUCGAAACAUCAGAAAGAAGGCCUGGGCCCUAAAAGAUUAGACUUCUUUUCAAGACUAUUUUUCCCGAUAUCAUUUUUAGUAUUUUGUAUUUCAUACUGGAGAUAUUAUAGUUAAGAUAUCGCAUGGCAUCUGAAGAGAUGUGCAAAAACUUGAAACACUGAAAAAUUGUUCUCUUACAACUGACAAUUUUUUGUUUGCA